UUCCCUCUUUCACUCUCUCUUUCUCUCUCUGUCGUUUGCUAUUCCCUCUCUUUCCCUCUCUCGUUCUCUCUCUGUCGUUUACAUCUUUCGAACAUUACUCCACGACGACGACCCAACGACCCAACGACCCAACAACGCAGUCCACGACCACGACCCCAGUCCGGCCACCCACGACCCUGACCCUGACCCAACCCUCUCUCUUUCACACUAUUCUCGUUCUCUCUUUCUCUCUUUCUCUGCCUAUUGCUCUCGACAUUGGAACCCAACCCACCCACACCCACGGCCGACAUUGGAACCCAACCAAUUUUCAGAGGUCGUAGCCACCAAAACCAGAACAGAGGUCGUCCCCAAAACCACGAACAGUCAAAGAUGGCUCCCAGACUCAUUAUUCCAGCACCCGAGCAUUUCACUGGCCGCGUCACAUAUAGGGGCACUGGAAUUUUUGCAAAAAUUAAAGCUCGGUUUGAGGAGUUCAACCUUAAUAACACGGCGAAGGAAAGCCGUUUCGGGAGCUUCUGGAAUGCCGUACCACUGACAUUCUCCUCGGUGUUAUUUCACCAGCUGAUGCUCCACAAAAUGAAAGUGGAUGCUCAGGAGGAGUUGAGGAUGAGGUUUUAUGUUGGUCGGAAGGAGGUCCGAUUCGGUGCUUUGAGUUUGCACUCAUUACGGGUUUGGACUUCUCCUCGGGGCCAACAGAAGAGGAGAAGGCUGCGUAGGUCGCGCGCUCGGGGUCAGACCGAUUGAUCAACAAAUAUUUCAACCGGUCUGAUAGUGUGAAGACAGAAGCACUCCAACUUCAGUUCACAAACUGCCAGAACCCGGAAGACUUGUACAAGCUCGGCUUGUGCUUGUUUGUGGAGUCAGUGCUUCUGGGCCGCGAGGCCAACGCGCUGAUCACGCCUCACAUACUUAGAUAUGUGGAAGACCUCGAGUUCUUCUUCCGGAUUCCUUGGGGGAAGCACUCAUUCGCCAGACUCAUGCACUCGCUUCAGAAAGACAUGUUGAAACAGAACGCCAACUACGAGAAGAAGCUGAGUUCGGAUGUUCAGCACGAGUGCAAAUACACAGCAUAUGGCUUCGCACCUGCAGUCCAAUAUUGGGCGUACGAGGCCAUUUUGGAGGUUGGCAAGAGGUAUGGCACGAACCACGGGAUUCGGUUCCCCAGGAUGCUUAGCUGGACGAGCAAAGGCGAUAUUGGGAAGAAAGACGUCAGCGCAUUAUUUUCUAGACGGAAUCUGGAAGUGGUGAAGGGGCUACUUCCACGAACAGAGGAGGAGGCAUUUGUGAGGACAAUUUCUUACGAUGGUGUGGAGAACCUGGUUAUGAUGUUGUGGAUGACACAGAGGCUGAGGCAGGUAGUCAGGUACCAGAGACUCAGGUCCCAGACACUCGGGAAAGAGACACUCAGGCCACUGGUUCAGAACCUCAGCCCAGUGCACCAUCUUCAUCAGGCGUUCGCGGUGCCGAGUACACUGAUUUAGUGGCUCGGUUGGAUAGGAUCGAGGCUGACACUUAGGGUCUGUAUGCUGCUCAUGUCGAGCUGAAGAAGGCAUACGAGACCAGCCAUGUAGAGCUGAAGGGUGGUCAGAACGUAAUUAUGGAGCAGCUCAGACACAUAUUGGCCAUGUUGAAUCGUCCGCCAACGAUAGCUUCAGCACCGGAGGCCCCAGCAGAUCCAUCUA